CUUCGAAGCGCAUUACUACCAGGAUGAGAUCUAUCUGUGUCAUACCUCGUGCGAACUGCUGAACAUGGGCACCCUGGAGAGCUACCUCACCAAUGUCACCGACUGGGUCAAAGAGAACCCGUACGACGUGGUGACGGUGCUGAUUGUCAAUUCCGACUACGUGGAUCCCUCGAACUUCACGGCCCCCAUCCAGAAUUCCGGCCUAAUCGACUACGUGUACGAACCGUGGAAAAUGCCGAUGAAUGUCAGCGACUGGCCGACCCUGUCGGAGAUGAUUCUGGCCGAGAAGCGCGUGGUCGUUUUCAUGGACUAUCAGGCCGACCAAAGCUCGAUCCCGUACAUUCUCGACGAGUUCAGCCAAAUGUGGGAGACGCCCUUUUCUCCUCUCAACGCCUCGUUCCCUUGCACCGUGCAGCGACCGCCAGGGAUCACCACGGCCGAGGCCGAGGAGCGAAUGUACAUGAUCAACCAUAACCUCGACAUUGAGGUGAUGUUGGAGGGGCUUGAGAUUUUGAUCCCCGAUACCGCGCAGUUGAACACCACCAAUGCUGUAUCCGGGUUCGGCAGUCUAGGGCUAAUGGCCAAUAAUUGCCGGGGUAAGUGUGAGACUCGAAUCAUCCUGUGACACACUCAUCACUGACCUGGAAUAUAUAUUGUGGCAGCCAAAUGGGAUCGUCCCCCGAACUUCCUCCUAGUCGAUUACUACAAUGAUGGCAACUUCCCCGGAUCGGUCUUCGAGGUUGCCGCCCAGAUGAACAAUGUCACGUAUAAUGGCAAAUGCUGUGGCGCUACGAGUGCGGCUGCACGCCAGGUCAAUGCUGCGAGUCUAGGGGCUUUGGUGCUGAUGUUCUGGGCUGGAGUGGCCCUUGUAUAAGAUUUGCUAUGAUAAUCAAUGUGGUAAAACUUUCAUAGUGAUGGUUUGAGCAAUGGUUGCAACCAAAACAGCCCUUUAGGCAACAGGAUCUGCACUUGCUUUCCUGCGUCCAUCAACACAAACAAAAGGGAAAACCCGAACGAAAUCCAGAAUAGUAGCUUGUCCAUUUAUACCUUCCUCAUUUGCCCUUCAGCGUCCCUGUCAGAAAGAAGGGAA